AUGACUGUCUAUUCCUUUUACAUCUUCGACCGUCAUGCUGAGUGCAUAUACAAAAGGCGUUGGCUCCCUCGGCCUACCUCAACCGUCGGCAAAUCCUCGCGACCUACCUCCGAUACGCCAACAGUAGCCAAUGGUCUCGCAUCUGUCUCCGGCCCGUCGACGCGGACGACGGACGACGAUGCGAAGCUGAUUUUCGGUACUGUUUUCUCGCUUCGAAACAUGGUGCGGAAGCUCGGAGGGGAAGACGACAACUUCGUUACGUAUCGCACCAGCCAGUAUAAACUUCACUACUACGAGACACCAACGAACAUCAAAUUCGUGAUGCUUACAGACGUCAAGAGCCCAAAUAUGCGGGUUGCGUUGCAACAGAUCUACAUCAACCUAUACGUGGAAUAUGUUGUCAAGAAUCCGCUGUCACCCACCGAACACCCUGGUGGUGAAGGUGUGAAUAACGAACUUUUCGAGCAGUCACUAGAGCAAUUUGUGACCCGCGUUCUCGCUUAG